AGAGAGAGAGAGAGAGAUUGUGUAUGUAUCUGUGUGUAGGACAGAGAGAGAACAGAUUAGGGAGGUUUGGCUGAUAGAAACUGUUGUCUGGUGUUUGGACUCUUUGGCUGUAACGGAUUGACUCCCGGAAUCUUGCCGCAGAGCCAUGACUCUGACCCGCAGAGAGCGUCUUCUGUCGGGCUCCAUGUUAAUCCUGCUGUUGGUCGCCAGCUCCUCCGAGUUGUCCUUGUCGCCUGAGGAAGCGAACCAGGUUUUACGGAGACACCGGAGAGCGAACCAGGUUUUUGAGGAAACCAAACAAGGGCAUUUGGAGAGGGAAUGUGUGGAGGAGCUGUGCAGCAAAGAGGAGGCGAGAGAAGUGUUUGAAAACGACCCUGAAACGGACUAUUUCUACCCCAAGUAUUUAGCAUGUUGGGAUACAUUUUCACUCAAGAAGAAGGAAGACCUGGUGACCUGCGUCCACAACAUUCCAGACCAGUGCUCCCCUAAUCCUUGUCAUCACAUAGGGACGGUGCGCUGUGAGGACAAAAAGGGUGAAUUUCAUUGUCACUGCUUCACAGGGUGGACUGGCCUCAGGUGUGAAAAUGAUGUAAACGAAUGCAGUAAAGAAAAUGGGAAAUGUGAUCACGAGUGCAGUAAUUCGGUGGGAAGUUACCACUGUUCCUGUCGCGAUGGUUACAGGCUGUCUGACCGCCACCGCUGUCUGGACGUGGACGAGUGCGUAGACGUUCCUGGUGCGUGUGGCACUGCGCAGUGCAGGAAUCAGCUAGGACAUUACGAGUGCCUGUGUGACGCUGGCUACGUCUACAAUAACGAGACCAAGACCUGCGACGACGUGGAUGAAUGUGAAUCACCUGUGUGUGAGGAGCAGUGUGUCAACACGCCUGGGAGUUUCCGUUGCUACUGUGACGGCAGACAGGGCAAGAAGCUGAGGCACGACCUGCGACACUGUGAGCAUAUCCAGCCUUGUCUGGAGUUGAACAUGAAGAGAAACGCUCGCUCUCUGUACCUGGGCCGGAUGUUCAGCGGAGUUCCUGUGGUCAAGCUACGCUUCAGACGCCUGGUUCAGACUGGCUUCACAGCAGAGUUUGACCUGAGGACAUAUGACACUGAAGGAGUUAUCUUCUUUGCCGGUGGUCACUUAAACAGCUCCUGGAUCGUACUGGCGAUCCACCACGGGAGACUAGAGCUGCAGCUGAAAUACGGAGCUGUGAGCAGGGUGACCAGAAGCGGCCCUUUGGUUAACGACGGGCAGUGGCACAAGAUCUCAGUAGAAGAGCAGGGGCGGAGCCUUGUGAUAAAGAUCGACAGGGAGGCAGUGAUGAAGAUCGCAGUGAAUGGAGAUCUUUUUACUCUGAAGAAAGGCAUACACGAGCUCAACCUCACCGUGGGAGGAGUUCCCUUUAAAGAGGACGGACUGCUCAACAAGGUGAACCCCCGUCUAGACGGCUGUAUGAAAGAAUGGCACUGGUUGACUGACGAAGAUACAUCCAUCCAGGAGACCAUUCGCCAUAACGAACGCAUGCAGUGCUUCUCCAUCGAAGAUCACAUCUCCUUCUUCCCAGGCCAUGGGUUCGCCUUGUUCAAUCACAGCCAUGGCGAUACAAAGGUGCUUAGCGUGCAACUGACCGUACGGCCAGCCUCUACAACAGGAGUACUGUUUGCACUCGUUCGACAAGAUACCGUGCCUUUCUCCAUCUCCCUUUCUGACUACCAUUCUGGUCGUAAGCAGUGGGCAGAGUAUAUAUUAGUGUCCUUCAGCAAUGUCAUCGUGGCCAGUGCUGCAGUCCAGCUGUGUGACUCGGAGACACACACGGUGAACGUGACCGUGGCAGGAAACAGCACCACGCUGGAGGUGGACGGGCAGCUGGGCCUUACGGAAUCUGUGGAGGAUUUGGACUCUCUGGACCUCUCAUCCUCUUAUAGCACCUUUGUUGGAGGCAUACCAGAUGUUUCUCUGGUGUCUACGCCAGUCUCUGCUUUCUACACGGGAUGCCUGGACGUUAAGGUCAACAGCCGUCUCUUGGACAUGGAUGAGGCCCAACACAAGCACAACGACGUCCGCUCUCACUCCUGCCCUCUAGUGGGACCUCACCAGUGAAAAACAAACAGGUUAGCUGGACCAAUCAGAGAUAACUCCAGGGCACCUUAGCUCGACCCUAGCUUAAGCUUAGCCCUGCAACCAAAUGCCUUUAAAAAGAGAACGUUUGAGUAAAACUGAAUUUUAGUUCAAGAGUAAGCUUAAUUUGUCUCUUUAGGACUGGCUGAUAAAGGCCUUACCUAGCCACAUCCAUCAUCUGCAUCGUCUGAAAAAUACAUACUCCUCCUGGUAAAACCAACGCUUCCGUUCAAACCCGGGUUUUAUUCCGACAGAUUCAUUGCAUACUCAUGCCUCUGAUAGUAAAUAAUGUAUACACACUCAAUCACAGACACUGUAAGGUGUAUAAUUUAUAUUAUACUCAUUGAGAAAUAGGUGUACACUUGCAUUAGACAUCUGAAAAAGCACUGCGCCACAACACAAGCUACUGAGAGAGAGAGAGAGUGAGAGAGAUGUAACAUAGUGUAUAUGUAAAUACGUGACUGUACAAUGCUUUUUAAACAAAAGACAAAGACAUUCUGCUACCUUUCCUUCUAGAAUAAAAGGCCUUCGUAUGCCACCAGAGGCUGAGUAGGUGCUCAAAGUCAUUGUUUAUGUAUUUGUUUUUUUUUAAUCACCUGUAUUGUAUUUGACAUUUUGUUUUUAUAAUUCUCUUAUGUUAGUCCUCGGUGCAUUUAGUACUGGGGAAACCUUCAGUCUCUUCUGUCUAACGAGGCUGAGUGCUGUUAAAUAAAUAAAUAAACAAACAAACAAACAAA